GGAGAUGCGAGGAGUGCAGCCAACCAUUGUGUAUGGACGGACCUGCGAGGAGCUUCCUUCUCGUGCCCUGCGCUCCCCGCGCUCACAUAUUGUGGCUGCCUUUACCGGGCCAGCGGGGGGCCUCACCUCUGUCAAUCGUGGGGGUGACCCGCCAUUGCAACGAGACGAGGCCGAUCUAGACUACAUAGAUGCCGACGAUGCCACAUCUGAUGCUCAGCCUAAUGCCUACGUCACUUCCCAGAAGCCACCCCCACGUAAGACGCCAUAUGCCGAUAUAGCUGCGUACUUCCGCAAAAGAGAUCCUAAAUCGCCCGUUCAUAAAAGAUCCCGAGAUGGUGUUAGUGAGGGACGCAGUAUGGAUUCCCUAGACUGUGAGGCUCCUUCGUGGAGAGGGGAGGCACCCUCGCCACUUUCCCCAAACCCUGGUCGGGCCCCUCCGGCUGCCUUCCUCCAGUUUGGUGACGGGCCCCUCAACUAUGGCCUUACUCUCCCCCCAGAUAGUGAUGGUGAUGGUUCAAAUAAUGGUUGUGCUAAUGGGAAUAAUGGUGUUGUUGGUGCUAGUAGAAAUAGUUGUAGUGGUUACGAGAGAAAUUAUAGUGAUAUUGUCAGUGAUGUUGAAAGUAACGGAGAUAUAAUGCAGGUGGGUAGUUAUGAUGCAGGUGGCUGGUCUAGUAGUGACAGCACAGGCCACAAUAUAAACACAGAUAAUAUGGGCAUGGUAGAAGCCGUGCUAGUUAGCUGCAGAGAUGAAGGUGGAGGGACGGUCAACAAACUCAUGAUGCAGCCAGCCUUGUGCCCCAAAUUGGAUGAUAACCUCAAUCCCCUCAUUAUGGUUGAUAACCCCGUGCAAGGUACAGACGCCCCUUUAGAUAACCAAACUUUUGAUUCUGACUCCCAGAGCAACCCCACCCAGACAGACAAUGCAGACCGAUCAUAUGAGAAUGGAAACAACAAUCCAGACAUCAGCCCUCCCGAUGACGACCUCCCUUGCGAAGCCAACGAGGGGGGUCUGGCCAGCCAACGGGCCAAGUUCCUCACUCUGGAUUUAGUGGAAGCUGGGGCAAUGGCAGUCCCUGACCCAGAUCUUAAGAGGAGUGAGACAGAGGAGAUUGCUGGCCUCGUAAACUGGAACCGACCUCACAAGCGAGCAUAUGGUCUGUCUACAACACUUUACGAGCGUCAUCCUGUCACUAGUGAGCGGGCUGGUAACCCAAUAGCUGAUGCAUUUGGUGUGGUAGCACGUGAAGACAGUGCCAUCCUGGCCUUGGCUGAUGGCGUCAACUGGGGUGAGAAGGCCAGUAUAGCAGCCAGGUGUGCCAUUCAUGGCUGUCUGCACCAUCUUAACACAGCACUCUACUCUCCGGCAGCUUCACCCCCAGAAACAACAACAGACAUCUUUGUGGCACUCUUACGAUCAUUUCAUGCAGCACAUAGCCUUAUCCUUCAAGAAGAAGGCAUGUUAACAACUUUGACUGCAGCUGUAGUGGCACCACUAGCAAACAAGGACCAAUUUGUGGUAUGUGUGUGCAAUGUCGGCGACUCACUGGCUUAUAUCUAUUCACAGAAGUAUGGUGUUAGAGAGAUCACACAAGGUUCGCAUGAUAUUUAUAGUAUGCGUGAUAUGCGCGAUGCCUUAGGAGCUCUGGGACCUGUGGAUGGUCAGAACCCUGAACUGAACAAUUUAACAUGUUCUUUAACUUACUGUGAUCCUGGAGACAUUGUCUUUCUGACAAGUGAUGGCAUCUCCGAUAACUUUGAUCCAGUUGUUGGGAAAUUUGCAAUUCCUAGGAAAGAGAAAGAAAAAGAAACUAAGAGCUCCUCAAGAGAAUCGCAAAGUACAGAGAGAUCAAGUUCAGGGAAGGGAACUCAAGAGCAGCAGAAUGGGACACAAGAGACACAAGUAGAAGGAUACAAGCCACAAAAUUCCUCAAGAGAGUCUCGAAGUAGCGGACAAAGUAGACGCAAUGGUGACCGUCAGCAGCCCAGCUUGCAGCAUUCUCAGCAGCAGAGAGGUAGAUCAAAACGACCUCAACAAGGAGUGAAAGAGCAAUCAGUUGGUCCGGGACGAGGAGGAAAACAACCUGUAAACCAUGUCAAGUCAGUAGGAGCUGGCCUUCCUGAUGAUGAUGAAGUCAGUACAGACCCAUUUCUUCCAUUAGUUGAGGCUCAUCAAAGACAUGAGCUAACUCUGUUACGUAUGGAAGACCUCUUACGCUGUGGCCUAACAAGCAUGGGCCCUGUUACUACUGCACAAGGGCUCUGUUUAGAGAUGGUUCAUUUUGCCACUAAAUUAACAGUUGCCAAACGACGUAUUUUAGAAGAUCCUGAUUUAUACCCUCCAGCUUCAAAAGAGCUCUCUCGCUCAGAUCAACGCAAUAGACGUAGAAAGGUAUGUGAAAAGUUGGCUUUGGUGCCUGGCAAGUUAGACCAUGCAACAGUAGUAGCAUACACUGUGGGCACCUACCGAGAAGAUGAUUGUCUGGAGCCAGAGGAUGAGGUAAUCAGGAAACCAAUGUUUAGGGCAGCACCUUUGGCUUCUCCAGACUCUACACGAAGUUUAAUUUCUCAGUUAGAUGAAGUUCGACCUCCAGAUCCUCCUGCAGCUAGUGCAAGCACUGCCAUGGCACAUUCUCAUAGUGAUGAGUCAGCUUCCCCAAAAAAGACAAACCAAGGAUCAUCCGAGGGAAAAUGGGGAGAAAAGAGCGGGCAGACUUCUCGUAGCAACAACUGCUCACAAAAUAAAGAAAAUCUAAGCCCAAAUACUGGCCAGGUACCAUGUAGGCCAACCCUAAUUGAAACUAUUGUUUGAGGUUGAUAGGUAUAUGAAUUACAUCUUGUAGUAACUUCAGGCUCCCUUUUUUUUCAAAUCCUAACAGUUAUAUAUGUUUAGUAGAAAGUACAUACCAUUAUUCCCUGCAACAUUCCCCACCUUCCCACCACUCUCCCUGCCACUUUCCCUGCCUAUUUCUCUAAUUUCAAAGAAAAUGUUAUAUAAGUGAAUAGUAAAAUUUAAAGUCAAGUACCUAUGAUUAUAAUGUUGCGUCUGUAUUAAAGCUCAAGUUUCACGACUCAGGAAUACCUUUUUAUUCCUUCAUUUUAAGCAGAAACAUCUGCAGUUACAAAAUAUUAUAUUAGCACAAAUAGCUCUGAUAAUCAUCAUAUUUAAAAGCUGAAAAUUUGCUACCAAUAAGAGUAAAUACGUAUAGUUAAUGGUUGUGGUAGCAGUCAGGUUUGAUAUAGUAUGUAUUCUAUUUGCAAAGAAAAUAUCAAGAUAAUGAAUACAAGUAAAUGUCAAAGGGACAUGGCCCUUUAGUGCUUGUAAUAUGAGCACAAAAGGCAGUGUUAUGUAAUAAGAUGUGGUUUAUGAGGUGCAUAGGUAUACGUUAAGCAAAACUGUCUGUGAUGUUAGGAACAAAGAUUGUAAGUACAGUAUAUAAAAAUUUCAUAUCACAUUUCCAUUAUUGUUUUUGAACACGGUUAAAGAGGUUAUGAUUAUCAACAUUGGUUUUAUGAAUUUGAUAAUGCUUCUGAUAAUAUAAGAGGUUAUAAAGUUGCAAUACUGUGUAUCUAAUACGUAUUAGUAACUCUUAUUAAAGAAAAAUACUUCACCCAUCUGUGAGGCACCAUACACCAUUUUGCAUUUCCACAAGUCAUUCCAAUGCAUGAAAUGUUAGUAUAGCCCUGUUAGCACAUUUCAUGACACUUGCAAUGCCAUAAAUCUUCUUUGAAUACACGUUCAGUUUUAAUUGCUUUUGCUUCCAUGAACAUUAGAUCUGAAGAAAGUUAUUAAGUACGUACUGUAAUUUGAUAGGCUAUUUUCUAUCAGUACUAUGGUCAGUCAACUCUAUUUAGUAUCUUGUCAUAAUAUUUAUAGUUUAACAUACACUUCAUGAAGGUAAUUUAAGUAAAUUUAUUGGCCAAAUUGAUGUACUAUUUAUUUUUUCCCAGGGAUUAUUUAUAUAAAUUAUAAUGCUGUUGUAUUUGACAUACAGGCUUCAAAAGUCAUCACAAUAAUGUGAGAUAAGCAGCAUUAUGUUCCACUUCAGAAAUGGGAUUAAGUAUAUUGUAGGAAUAAUAAUAAAUUACCAGACAUACAGAAGUAAUGGUGUCACUAUUGUUUUCCAUAGCAAUUUCCUCUAGCCAAAUUUCCAUGUUGUGCUUCUAUUCUGUAAUUUGCUUCACAGUAAAUUUUUGGUAUGUUCUUUGGUUGCAAUGAUGUGAAUGGCAUUUGGUUAUACAUACAAUAUUUAUGAAAAAAUGUUAAAACUUGUAGGGAUAUGGCAAUCAGGGACACAUUUAAUAAUAAGAUAUUUGUUGCAUGCAUUAUGAGCAGCAGUUUCAAUCACAUAUUUAUGUCCAUUAUAUUGUGGAUAUUUCUAUAAGAGCACUGGAGCACUGUCUUUGUCCAGAGUAUUGAGCUGGACUCUUACAACUGUACUGUACUCUAGUUUCAAUUUAGAGUAAGUUUAUAAAGAAGUUUUCACUCACCAGUGCCACAUUCAGCCAUGUUUUAGUACCAUACAAAUGUAUAAUAAACAUGUGAAUAUA